UGGCGUUGUUCAUACAUGGAGAUUUUUACAAAAGCCAAGUCUGUGAAACUGAGGAGUCACCUCGGGAAAUAUCUAGUCGCCGACGACGACCAAGAAACCGUACGUCAAAGCCGGAACAGUUCCGGAAGAAGAGCUAGAUGGUUUGUGGAGUUCGUUCACGAUAAACCAAACGUUAUCCGCCUGAUGAGCUGCCACGGGAAGUACUUGACGGCCACCGAUAUGCCCUUUCUUUUGGGAAUGACGGGUAACAAGGUACUGCAAACGGCACCCGAUAAGAUGGACUGGAAACUCCAGUGGGAGCCGAUAAGAGACGGCUUUCAGAUAAAGUUCAAGACGUGGUGCGGUAAAUUUCUGCGGGCGAAUGGAGGGACGCCGCCGUGGAGAAACUCGAUCACUCACGACGAUCCUCAUGCCGGAGCGACGCGGAGAUGGGUGUUAUGGGACGUGGAGGUGGUUCAGGUGCCCGAGUCGGAGUCGGUAAUGGAAUAUAUAUCGUCGGUCUCUAGCUUUCCUUCGGUGUCCGAUGAAGUUUUGGACGCUUUGAGCGAUGAUAUUUUGGGGUCAGUGCCACAGUCGCCGACCUCGGUCGUUUCGUCGUUUAAUUCUCCGAGGUUUUCGAUGAUUUCGACGGGGUCAUCAAAGUUGUCACCCAAACAGACGAAUUCUAACAAAUAUCGGAGGGGGAUGGAUUUGUUCCUCAACGCCAAAGCGGUGCGUCUGCGCAGUCACCACGACAAGUACCUCGUUGCCGAGGAAGACGAAGAGUCCGUUUCUCAAGACCGGAGCGGCUCAUCCAAGAACUCCCGAUGGACCGUCGAGUUCGUACCCGGAUUAGAAAACAUCAUCCGCUUAAAAAGCCUUUACAACAAGUACCUCACCGCCUCGAACCAACCCUUUUUACUCGGGAUGACGGGUCGAAAGGUGAUUCAGUCUCUGCCUAGGAGGCUCGACUCAUCGGUCGAGUGGGAACCCAUUAGAGAAGGGAAUAAGGUUAAGCUCAAGACUCGGUACGGUAACUUCUUGAGAGCCAAUGGAGGGUUACCGCUUUGGAGGAACUCGGUCACCCACGAUAUUCCUCAUCGGACCGCCACUCAAGAUUGGGUUUUUGUGGAUGUGGAUAUCAUUGAGAUUCAAAUCAAGUCUCCGAGCAGCGGUCACCAGCCCUCGGCUCCUCCGCACGCUGAUUCGUUGAACUUCGAAUCUACUUCGCCUUCUGCAGUUUCGGCCCAAUCCGGACACUAUUCAAGACAAGAGUCCAGUGAUUCUUAUGUGGGUUCCCCACCGAAAACGGAAGGCAGGACGAUAUACUACCAUAUAGCGGAUGACAAUGGGGAGGUCGACGAUGAGGCGGUGGAGGGUUACUGUCUGAGUUUUAAAGGGAACGAUGUGGCUGAACUGACUCAUAAAAUAAUGGAAGAGACAGGGCUUGAAGAUAUUGUGGUUUGUACUCGCAGUCCUUUGAACGGAACCCUUUUUCCUCUCCGAUUGCAGCUUCCCCCCAACAACGCCGAUAUGCAUGUUGUAGUUGUCCCAUUAGCCUCCAAAGUGGCCAGAAAUUUUGCAAAAUGAGGAAUUGAUAUACGUGAGAUCCAUGGAACGAACGUAAUAGAUACUAUUGAGAUUGUACAUUCUACUCCUCUUCCUUUAGGUUAAAGUAUUCAACGAGUCGGCCAUAGGUUGGGCUAACGUCCAGUGGAGAGGGUGUUGUUAGGAUUUGUUUUGUGUAGAAUAUUGCUUCUUUAUGUACUUCAUUGAUUGGUUUUUUAUGUAUAAACAUUUAUACUCAACUUAUUAGA